CCGUAGAGACAGAAGAUGAAGAAGAAGAAGACUUCAUUGUUUUGGUCGACUGGUUUUGCUGCAGACUGAAUGAAGAGAGAACAUUUUGACCAGGGCGAGACUUCUCAUUUGAUAGUUUAAAUAACCAGAUCAGUCACCAUGACAACCAAGCGCGGACUGAUAACUGAUUCAUUCAAGGUGGUGAAGAAAGCGCGGAGGGUGAAACGAGAGAAGAGGCCUUCUCCUCCUCCUCCGCCACAGCAAGAGGCUGAGACUCCAACGGUCCGAGAGGAGGAGAUGCAGAGGCUCAGACAGUUUGACCUGGACUGGAGAUUCGGGCCCUGCACAGGCAUCAGCAGGUUGCAGAGAUGGGAGAGAGCAAAGCUUAAUGGUCUGAGCCCACCCAAGGAGAUCAGAGACCUGCUGCUGCAAACACACACUGACCCCGAGUACAACUGGAGCCUAUGGAGCGACUAUCCUUUGUGAGGAAGACAUUGUAAGAAAGAGAAAAGCAUGCAGAUUCCAACAAAAGUCAUUUUGUCAUCAACACAUAUGUCUCUGAGGGAUUUACCUUCUAUCCUUAAGCCCCGAAAAACUCUUAAGGCCGGCUUCACGCUGGCUGCGUGGCGUGAGCGUGGCGUCUCUGUUGCGUGGCGGCUGCGUGGCGUUUUCUAUGUCUUUACACACCAGA